AUAGUAUGUCUUCUUGGACUCAAAAUGUGACUGAAGAGUCAAGAUGACACAUUAACUUGUUAAUUUAGGGACCUAUGAAUUAUGAUGCACCAAAACAAAAUCAAGAACUUCCCAUAUGCUCAAAUUCAAGCAAAAUUCCCUCUUCAGGCGAUUCUUCAACUCAUAUCUUCAGCCUUCCACAACUUCACAAACAACCAACUACAUAAACUGUUGUUUGGACUCUUUUCUGUCUCAUCAAUUCUUACCUUCGCAAUCUCUCCUCCCAUCACACGCUAUCGUUAUCAUUUCUGGAAAUAACAACAAUGUGUUCAUCGCAUCAAAGCUCAUCUCACUCUACGCUUCUCUUUCUAGACCCGAAUUAUCUACCAAAGUCUUUGAUUCAAUUCAUUGCAAGAAAGACUCUUUUCUCUGGAAUUCCAUCAUCAAAUCUCACUUUUCAACCGGGAAUUAUCAAACAGCACUUGGGUUUUUUCUGGGUAUGCGAAAUUCCAACACUUUACCUAAUAAUUUCACUAUUCCAAUGGUUGUUUCUCUUUGUGCUGAGAUUUUGGCAUUUGAUUAUGGAGUUUUGAUUCAUGGGUUAGCUGUGAAAUUAGGUGUUUUUGGUGGGAACUCUGCUAUUGGGUCUUCUUUUGUGUUUUUGUACUCGAAAUGUGGUUGUAUGAAGGAUGCAUAUAAGGUGUUCGAUGAAAUGUCUGUGAGAGACGUGGUUGCUUGGACCGCGCUUAUAAUUGGGUAUUUGCAGAAUGGUGAUAGUCGUAAGGGUUUGGAAUGUAUUUGUGUGAUGCAUAACAUUGGUGAGGAGGGUGUAAGGCCGAAUUAUCGAACCCUUGAAGGAGGAAUUCAAGCCUGUGGAAAUAUAGGGGAUUUGAAAGAAGGGAAAUGUUUGCACGGGUUAGCUAUAAAGAUUGGAUAUGGGUUUUGUCAAGAUGUUCAAUCAUCACUCUUGUCCAUGUAUUCAAAAUGGGGUACCCUUGGUGAAUCUUGUCAAUUGUUUGGUGAAGUUAGAGAUAAGGAUCUUUUGUGUUGGACAUCGAUCAUCGCAGCUUAUGCAAGGGUCGGGUGUGUUACCGAAUGCUUAAGCUUAUUUUCGCAAAUGCAAGAUAGUGGAGUAUUUUUGGAUGAAAUUGUUGUUUGCUGUGUGCUUUCGUCAUUUGGGGAUUCGAUUAGGGUUCAUCAAGGAAAGGCCUUUCAUGGACUGAUAAUGAGGAGAAAUUAUGGACUAAACCAAGUUGUCCACAGGGCAUUGAUUUCGAUGUACUGUAGAUUUGGAAUGUUAGCAAUUGCAGAAAGGAUUUUUGAUACACUAAUGGAGAGGAAUUCAGAGACUUGGAACUUGAUGGUGUUUGAAUUUGGUAAAGGAGGACUGUGGAAAAAGUGUGUAGGUCUUUUCCGAGAAAUGUUAGAUCAAGGGGUUAAUUGUGAUUCCAAUAGCCUCAUCUCUGUUAUUUCUUCAUGUUUACAGUUGGGAACAAUUCAUCUUGGAAAAUCAAUACAUUGUUAUGUCAUUAAGUCUCGACUUGAUGAUCAAGUUUCAGUUUCCAAUUCGCUAAUAGAUUUCUAUGGAAAAUGUGGCAAGCUAGACAUUGCAAAGAGCAUCUUCGGAAGGAUACGAAGAGAUAUAGUAACAUGGAAUACAUUGAUUUGCGCUUAUGCUUACAAGGGACAGUUAUCCCAGGCUAUAGCACUAUUUGACCAAAUGAUAUUCGAAGGAUCACAUCCGAACUCAGCAACAUUAGUCACUGUUCUGUCGGCUUGCUCUCGUAUAGCAUUGUUAGAGAAGGGAAUCAAGAUUCACAACUACAUCAGAGAAUUGGGGUUUGAGUUAGAUAUAUCACUUGCAACAGCAUUAGUUGACAUGUAUGGGAAAUGUGGGCAGCUUGAAAAGGCAAGGGAUAUUUUUGAUUCCAUGAAUGAAAGAGAUGUAAUCGCUUGGAAUGUGAUGAUCUCUUGUUAUGGCAUUCAUGGAGAUGCAAUUUCUGCACUUGAUGUUUUCAAACAGAUGGAAAAAUCUAGUGUCAGGCCAAAUGAACUGACCUUUCUAGCUAUUUUAUUGGCUUGUAGUCAUGCAGGCCUUACUGAAGAGGGAAAAUAUUUCUUUUACAAAAUGCAUGAAUACUCUUUGACACCCACUUUGAAGCAUUAUGCUUGCAUAGUAGAUCUUCUGGGGAAGUCAGGAAAUCUGCAGGAAGCGGAAGAUAUAGUUAUGUCAAUGCCGAUUACACCUGAUGGUGGUCUUUGGGGGGCCUUGUUAAGUGCUUGUAAAAUUUACAAUGAAGUAGAGAUUGGAUUAAGGAUCGCGAAGCAUGCUCUCAAGGCAGAUCCAGAGAAUGAUGGAUAUUAUGUAACCAUAUCGAAUUUAUUGGAUUCCACUGGAAAGUGGGAAGAGGCAGAGAAGUUCAGGAAGCUGAUGAAGAAAAAAGGAGUGAGCAAAAGACUUGGUUGGAGUUCAUCGUAGAUUUUAGGAGCAAUCACGUUACUUAUGUGGGUAUAGGCCUACAGGGUAUCUGGUAACAAACCAAGGAGUUGUGUUCUGCAUGAUGAAUGAUCUUCUUCUGCCAGCCUUGAAGCUUUCUUUGAGUAAGAGAAAGACAAGCUGGAUACUUCUACCGACUUGUGAUUGAUUGCCACUCAAAUAUUGGUGAACACACAAGCGAAGCAAUUACUUCAAGUUGCAAAAGGGACUGUCAUGAACAUACAGGCUUUACUGAUGGAAAAUAUUAAGAGCUGGAAUUCUGAAAGUUGAAAGACUACUCUGGUGCUUUUUUUUUUCAUUAUUAUGUUCUAUAUGUCUAUCAUCGAGGAAUUCUGAAAGUUGAAGAUUACUCAGGUUCUGUGUCUACCUUCAUCAAGGCGGUCAGGGUUCAGGAAAUCUGACAGUUGAAAGACUACUCAGUUAGAAGUUGACAGGUGAAGUUGGCGAGAGGAAGGAUUAGAGGAGGGCACAUUCUUUUUUUGUUUAAAGGGAAUAGGGCACAUUCUUAUUAGAGUCCAUCUAAUUGGUCUUCGGCGAUUGGCAAGGACUCAACUUUAGAUGCAACAUCUGGAGUGGAUUAAGUCACUGGUUAAACCAUGGAAGAUAGUCAGGAAAGUGGAGCCUUUUUGUCCUCCUUGAGCGUUCUUGAUUGCUCUUCUGCCAGCUCCAUCAAGGAGUUUAGCGUUACGGUCCUCAGUGCAAAAUCAUCAUCAAUGACAGUGAGCCAAGUGAAUAGCUUUCCCCUGGUGUUUUGUUUUAAAGGUGAAUCGCCAACAAGUUCAGACUGCCCAUGAUGUGGCUCAACUCUGUGCCCGAACUUGUUCGCAAUUCACUACUGAUUAUUUUAAUAUCCUUUAGUCCUUUACUUUUGUCUCUCCACCAUUGUCAAAAAAAAAAAAAAGAAAAAAAAAAAGACAGUGAGCCAAGUGAAAGUUCAAUUAUAAUAUGAAAGAAGCGGUGAAGCCUCAGUGAUAGCAAGUGCUAGAUAAGAGAAUUUUAUCUCUACAUGUAGCAUGAUGCUACUCUUAUCAUGUAAGUGGAGAACCUAAUGACCAAGUAUAAUUGGAUGGAAAAAUCAUUUUUGAGAUCCAUUCAUAAUAUAUAGAUCUUACACCAUUCAUACACUAUGUUUCACCGUCACAAUUUUUACAUAGGAAAAAUUGUGUCAUGUGCAUCUUGUUAAGUUUAUUUUUAUAUAUACUUUAAAUUCAAUGUCACCUUUUAUAAAAGAUAAUUAAAUAUAUAAAUAGUUAAAAUUAUACAUUGACAAGCGUAAAAACUCGUAUAUUACAAUUUUAAAAAAUAAGUAAAAAGAAACGGGGACUAAGAAUUAGCAACAUGAGAGGAAAAGCAAAAUAAAGUGAAGCAGACUGACUAAUGAGAAGACGAAAGGAUUAGCAACAAAAGAGAGAGGAAAAGCAAAAUAAAGAGAAGCAGACUGACAAUCAACAAUAUGCUUGACUUUACUACAAGUCUACAACCAAAAAGAACUAUUACAAAUACAAAAGGAUCAAUACAACAACCAUUCAAUUCUUUUGCAGAAAUAUUUUAUUAAUUUGCUUCCCAAAAAACUGGGGAAUUACAUAAAUCCUUCCAAGUACUCUGUACCCAAGAAAAAUGGUAAUCUAAGCUGUAGAAUCCACUUAGCAGAAACAGUAACAAAUAUGAAAACAAAAUUUAAAAAAAGAAGGGAGGAUAUGAAAAGAGAGGAGGAAAAAGGAAAAACAAAUCUGUUUUUUUUUAUAAAGAGUAUAGGGCUAAAAUUACACCUUGAAAAAGAGCCAAGCAUGUCAUACAACACUCUCCUGCCAUUACCACCAGCUGAGACCUGAACAUGCUUCGCUCAUGUACACUCGAUAUUAAGGGAGCAAGAAGUCAAAAAGAUGGGAAGAACAAAGCGAAGAAGGAUGCAAUGAAAGGAAUUCAGCAAGAGAAAUCCCCGUCUCCUAGAUAUAAUGAAGUAUUGAUCUUAACUUUCUGAGAAGUUGGAACUUUGGGAUAAAACAUGAGAAUGGGCCUAAGAUCAGUAUGCAAAGAAAUAUGACAUGUGCUGAUGUGCAUCUAACUACACCUUACUGCUCUGGGGCGCAUUGCUGCUCUUCUCAGUUGCCACUACAUCUUUACAACUCUCGUCUAAAUGGAGAGUUUGAUCUAAUCUGUCAGAUAUAUUAUUCAAUAUCUCACCAGUACGAGGUUCAGAAACACUGGGCUUUGGUUUGGCUUGCUGCCGAUUCUU